AUGGCAGAAACACUGAAGGAAACCGUGAACUCUGCUUGGACAAAUGUCAAGCGCGGGCUGUCCAGCGCACCGCCAAAUGACGCCUACCUCGCUUGGGAUGAACCGGGUGUCGAGACAGUCAAGCCAGACGAGCAAGAGAAGAUUGAGCGUAUCAAAGAGGUCAUGGAGCGUAUGCAGAGACACAACUUUGACCGUCAUCGUCACGCCUUCCGCGCAACCCAUGUCAAGACUCAGGGAAUUGUUAAAGGCCAGCUACAAGUAAAUCCGGACCUUCCAGAACACCUUCGCCAAGGCAUAUUUACAGAGCCCGGCAAAGUGUAUGAUGUUGCGGCCAGGUACGCGAACGAGCCAUACCUGCUUCAACGUGACCAAGAAGCAGGCCCUCGAGGUCUUGGACUCAAGGUCUUUGGUGUCACGGGGCCUCGUCUCGAGGGAGUUGACGAGUCCAUCACAACCCAGGACUUCUUCUGGAACAAUGCGCCAAGUAUAGAGCUCACAGACGUCGACACCACUUUGGAGAUCAUGAGUCUGCGUGAGAAAUACUUCGACGAUCCAGCUGCAUUGGGCAGACAUCUGAAAUUACGCACGGAUCUGGUCAAGCAGCACGCGCCGUACAUGCUCCCCAAUACAAACAUGAUUUCUCAUGCGAUGUACAGUCAGUCAGCAUAUCGCUUUGGUGACUACUAUGGCCACAUGGGCUUGUUUCCUGUGUUGGACUCGCAGAAGACGGCCGAAGAUAAGGUCAAGAGCGAUGAUCCGGCGAGCGUUCUGUCAGACUGGCUGUUUGACUACUUCAAUGGCAAAGAAGCCAAGUAUGAGUUCAAGAUUCAGCUAGGCACUGACCCGGCUCACCACCCUACCGAGGACGGUAGUGUGGUAUGGGACGAAGCAACAAGCCCUUAUCAGUCCCUAGGCACAAUCACUUUCCCAGCUCAGGACAGUUUUGGUCAGGCACGACGAGUGUUUUGGGAAGAUCGAAUGGCGUUGGACGGCUGGCGAGGUCUGGCAGCUCAUAGGCCCAUGGGUUCGAUCAAUAGAUUGCGCAAAGGGGUGUAUCCGCACAGCAAGACGACCAGGGACAAGAUCAACGUCUCAAAGUCGGAGGACGUCCAAAGCAUUGAUGAGAUUCCAUGA